UGUGUUGCUCUGUCUGCAGGUGGAGUGGAUGAGGCUGCCUGCAGUAGCGCGGAGCCGCCGCCAGGGGCGCUGUUGUCACUUUCCAUACCCAUAAGCGGGGGAGUGUGAGGUGCAUGAAAUGGAGAAAAAUGGCGGAUCAUGUGCAGGGCCUUGCCCAGCUGGAGAUCCUGUGUAAGCAGCUGUACGAGACUACCGACACCGCCGUCCGACACCAGGCAGAGAAAGCUCUGGUGGAGUUCACCAACAGCCCCGACUGUCUCAGCAAAUGUCAGCUGCUGCUGGAGCGAGGCAGCUCGUCAUAUUCUCAGCUGCUUGCAGCCACCUGUUUGUCUAAACUGGUGUCUCGAACCAGCAACCCUCUGCCCCUCGAGCAACGCAUCGAUAUCCGGAACUAUGUGUUGAAUUAUCUGGCCACGCGGCCGAAGUUAGCAGCGUUUGUGACCCAGGCGUUGAUCCAGCUGUACGCCAGGAUCACCAAACUCGGCUGGUUCGACUGUCAGAAAGAUGACUACGUCUUCAGAAACGUCAUCGCGGAUGUCACGCGCUUUCUACAGGAUAGCGUUGAACACUGCAUCAUAGGGGUCACCAUCCUGUCCCAGCUGACCAAUGAGAUCAAUCAGGCCGACACGACGCAUCCCCUGACCAAACAUAGGAAGAUCGCUUCGUCAUUCAGAGAUUCCUCCCUCUUCGACAUCUUCACUCUCUCCUGCAACCUCCUCAAACAGGCUUCGGGGAAGAACCUGAACCUGAACGAUGAGUCUCAGCACGGUCUGCUCAUGCAGCUGCUCAAACUCAGCUACAACUGCCUCAACUACGACUUUAUAGGAACGUCCACAGACGAGUCGUCGGACGACCUGUGCACCGUACAGAUCCCCACGUCAUGGAGAUCAGCGUUUCUUGAUUCCUCCACCCUGCAGCUCUUUUUCAAUUUAUAUCAUUCCAUCCCUCCGUCCCUCUCCCCGUUGGUGUUGUCAUGUCUAGUUCAGAUAGCCUCCGUCAGACGGUCUCUCUUCAACAACGCAGAACGAGCAAAGUUUCUUUCGCACUUGGUCGACGGAGUAAAGAGGAUACUCGCUAACCCACAGUGUUUGCCGGAUCCAAACAACUACCACGAGUUCUGUCGUCUGCUGGCCCGACUGAAGAGUAACUACCAGCUGGGGGAGCUGGUCAAAGUAGAAAACUACCCUGAAGUUAUUCGUCUCAUAGCCAACUUCACCGUCACCAGUCUGCAGCACUGGGAGUUUGCCCCCAACAGUGUUCACUACCUGCUGAGUCUGUGGCAGCGUCUGGCAGCGUCGGUUCCGUACGUUAAAGCCACCGAGCCUCAUCUGCUGGAAACCUACACUCCAGAAGUCACUAAAGCCUACAUCACCUCACGGCUAGAGUCGGUCCACGUCAUCCUCAGAGAUGGUUUAGAAGACCCUCUGGAUGACGCUGGUCUGGUUCAGCAGCAGUUAGACCAGUUGUCCACCAUUGGGAGGUGUGAGUACGAGAAGACUUGUGCUCUGCUGGUCCAGCUGUUCGACCAGGCAGCUCAGACCUACCAGGAGCUGCUACAGUCCACCAACUCGAGCGCAGCGGACAUCACGGUGCAGGAGGGUCGGUUGACGUGGUUGGUUUAUAUAAUCGGGGCGGUGAUCGGAGGACGGGUGUCGUUUGCGAGUACAGAUGAGCAGGACGCCAUGGACGGAGAGUUAGUCUGUCGGGUGCUCCAGCUGAUGAACCUGACGGACUCCCGGCUCGCUCAGGCGGGUAACGAGAGACUGGAGCUCGCCAUGCUCAGCUUCUUCGAACAGUUCAGAAAGAUCUACAUCGGCGACCAGGUGCAGAAAUCAUCAAAGCUUUAUCGACGACUAUCAGAGGUUCUGGGGUUGAAUGACGAGACGAUGGUGCUGAGUGUCUUUAUAGGGAAAAUCAUCACAAACUUGAAGUACUGGGGCCAGUGUGAACCAAUCACCUCCAAGACACUCCAACUACUGAACGACCUCUCUUUAGGGUACAGCAGUGUGAGGAAGCUGGUGAAGCUCAGCGCGGUUCAGUUCAUGUUGAAUAACCACACAAGCGAGCACUUCUCCUUCCUGGGAGUGAACAACCAGUCCAAUCUGAGCGACAUGAGAUGUCGGACCACCUUCUACACUGCACUGGGACGCCUGCUGAUGGUGGAUCUGGGUGAAGACGAGGACCAGUUCGAACAGUUCAUGCUGCCGCUGACGGCCGCGUUUGAAGCCGUGGCUCAGAUGCUGAGUACAAACACCUUCAACGAGCAGGAAGCCAAGAGGACGCUGGUCGGUUUGGUUCGAGACCUUCGAGGAAUCGCGUUCGCCUUCAACGCCAAGACGAGCUUCAUGAUGCUGUUUGACUGGAUAUAUCCAGCCUACAUGCCCAUUCUGCAGCGAGCCAUCGAGCUCUGGUACCACGACCCAGCAUGCACCACGCCCGUCCUCAAACUCAUGGCCGAGCUCGUCCACAACAGAUCUCAGCGGCUGCAGUUUGACGUCUCGUCACCAAACGGAAUCCUGCUGUUCAGAGAAACCAGCAAGAUGAUCACGACCUACGGGAAUCGAAUCCUGACGCUGGGAGAAGUCCCGAAGGACCAGGUGUACGGGGUGAAGCUGAAGGGCGUCAGCGUGUGUUUCGCCAUGCUGAAGGCGGUGCUCAGCGGGAACUACGUCAACUUCGGGGUCUUUCGUCUGUACGGCGACGACGCUCUCGACAACGCCCUACAGACCUUCAUCAAACUACUGCUGUCCAUCCCUCACAGUGACUUACUGGACUACCCGAAGCUCAGCCAGUCGUUCUACUCUCUGCUCGAGGUUCUCACGCAGGACCACAUGAACUUCAUCGCCAGCCUGGAGCCUCACGUGGUCAUGUACAUCCUGUCGUCAAUAUCAGAAGGACUCACCGCGCUCGAUACGAUGGUGUGCACAGGCUGCUGCUCCAGUCUGGACCACAUAGUGACCUACCUGUUCAAGCAGCUGUCACGCUCCACCAAGAAGCGCCCCACUCCCAUGGCCACGGACGACCGCUUCCUGCACAUCAUGCAGCAGCACCCAGAGAUGAUCCAGCAGAUGUUGUCCACCGUGUUGAACAUCAUCAUCUUCGAGGACUGUAGGAACCAGUGGUCCAUGUCCCGACCGCUGUUAGGCCUCAUCCUGCUCAACGAGAAGUACUUCGCUGACCUGAGGAACAGCAUCGUGAACAGCCAGCCUCCAGAGAAGCAGCAGGCCAUGCACUUAUGUUUUGAGAACUUGAUGGAGGGAAUCGAGAGAAACCUCCUAACGAAGAAUCGAGACAGGUUUACUCAGAACCUGUCUGUGUUCAGGAGGGAGGUUAACGACAGCAUGAAGAACUCGACAUACGGCGUCAACAGCAACGACAUGAUGAGCUGACAUUCCACACCGACGAGUCUUAUCCCGCUGCAGACAGAGCUCACCCCCCCCUCGCACCUCCACAGCCUCCCUCCCUCCCCCCUCCCUGCAUCAGCCUCCCCCCUCCUCCCUCCCUGGGCCCGGAUGCCUGGGGAUCAUCUCCACCCCCCGACGCGACGUACGGGAUCCCCCUCCCUCCCUCCUUUUUGAUAUAAACAUAUAUAAAUAUAUACAGAUCUAUUUUAAAGCGAUGGUCUGACUCGUCCGAUCAGUGGAGGGGUCAGGAGGUCGGGGGGGGGGGGGGUCGCAUGUGGAAGCACUCUGAAUCACUCACAGAGGGAGGAGGUGUUGCUGCGGAGGUGACGGAGGUGAGGUGGGGGUGAGGAAGGGGACGAAUGCCGGUAAACGUAGUAAUCCGCUUCUGCCUGCCUUGUAUAGAAAAACACACAAAAAACCAAGUGUACAUUUUCUUUCGUAACAUUUUGAACAAUGUUUAUAAUGAUCGAAUUUAAAAACACAAAGAAGAGUUGAGGAAAACAAAAAAAAAGAAAAAAAACGGUGUGAUUGAGCUUUUUACAGUGUAGUGAGUUAGUGCAACUGUCUGUCUGCGUGGGGAGCGAGCUCUCCACACGAGGAGGAGGAGGAGGUGAGGAGGAGGAGGAGGAGGAGGUGAGGAGGAGGAGGAGGAGGUGAGGAGGAGGAGGAGGGGCGGCGAGUAAGCUGAGCUGCAGGGUGGCCACAGGAGCUGGACGGGUGCACACACUAACAGAAAGGGAGAGUCAGAGCGUCCAUGUUGUACAUUUACUCAAGUCUCUGGUUGGACUCAUUCAAACCACCUGACAGGCUUUAAAGGGACAGUCUGCGUUUUCUCUCCUCACCACGUCCACAUGAGUCUGAGAGACAAACAACAACAACAUGUGGGAAGUAGAGCUGCAGCCAUUAAAGGAACAGUUCACCCAAAUUUACAUCAUCCACAAAAUUAGAAUAGACGUUUUGUUCUUCACUGAUAAAAACAGAACUUUAAUAAUAAUCACUGAGUUCAGAUCCGAAGAAAAGUUUAUCACCAACUAUUUUGAUCAUCAAUGAAUCAUUUCAGUCUUUCUUUGAACAUGUGAACAAGUCACGUCCUGGUUCUGAGUUUUUGCUGCUUUUCUGAAGAUAUUAUUCUGAAUCUUUUGUCGGACGGAUCAAUAACUCCAGAUCAAUAAUGUUGGUUGCAGCCGUCAGGUGACAGAGGAAAAGCAGCGCCACAUUCUAGAAGCAGGAAUCGGAGAACAUUCUCACGCUUUAGUUUAGAUGAACUUUCAGUCCGUCACCUCAAGGCUGAAAAACCUCAGACUGUCCCUUUAACUGUCCCGUCAGGUGGGCGAGGCGGCGGCGGCGUCCUGUCGGUCUCGUGCACACACACCUGCUUGUUUCCUCGACGUGUAAACAUCAUGGUCACAUGUUCCCCUCUGGUAGGCCGGCUGCAGUUUCCACCAUCUUGUUUACACUCUGGACUCCUCGGACCAGGUCUAGGACUGCCCCCCUUUUAGGUCCUGCAGCGGAGUCCUUUUGGUGUGUGUGUUGUCUGUCUGUGUGUGUGUCUGUGUGCGUGUGUGUGGUGUGGCUCUCUGUUGCUGUGUGUGUGCGUGUGUGUGUGUGUGUGCGUGUGGCGUCUCAUGGUGCUGCGAUGGUGUGUGUGUGUGUCACUGUACGGGAGGAAGCGUUCUCGACACAUCGGGGCUCCUGAAGGAACCAGUGUAGUUCUGAGCAGAACCGACCUGUAGGAGUCGAGCGUGUACAAAGAGACGGCCGAGCGACGAGCGAGUCGAUUAGCAACUUGUGUUACUCUCUACGAUGUUGCUGCUAACUGUUUGUGACAACUAGCUCAUUUCUAACCAUGUCAGCACUCAUGGAUGUUUAUUGAGUUUCUAAUUUUUGGUUUGUGUCCCUGAUGUGAAUGUGUUGGGUCCAUAGAGUGAGUAGCUGUUUGAGUUGUUUGGAUGUCUGCUACAUAUAGUGUAAGCUUUGUGACUGCAAAUAAACCUCAUUGAUUUUUA